GAUGCACAUUUCCUAAUCCGAUGCUUAUCGUCUUAUCACUAAUUUACCAGUCCCAUCGUUUCAGUCGAGUCGAAACAAAAUAAACAGAGAGCAGGCUCUAUAAUGGGCACGAGAGAACGGCACACACCGGAAACGAUGCGUCUGCGCAGUAUGUCCCAAACAUGUGCUCUAAUCAAAAACCAAUAUACGGAAAUACGUAAAGGUUCAGAAAGUGUCAUAUUUGUGUAUACAACAAGAAUGUUUACUCUGCAGAGCAGAGCGAGUUGGUGGCGUAACAGUGACAGAGUUUCUAUCCUGACCUAGAAGAGUCCAGAGCAGGUGCAGUGAAGCUGGAGACAAUAAGUCUAGCGAAAUUUGUAGAACAACCAAUUGCCUUUGCUUUCAACUGAAAAACUGUACGGAUUUCGGGUGAUCGAUUUCAAUAAUAGAUAGUUUUAGUGUGUGAGGCUGUGAUAUACCCAGUAGGGCACCAUCAGUUAACAGUAGAAUCUUACGGUUACAAACAACAACAACAAAAAUGGGAAGUUUUUUCUCGCAUCCAACUGGGGCGGAAGUGUUGAAGAAGAACCAGGAGUACAUUUCCGAGAUGAAUAAAAUUAAGAUGGAACGCUGGAUCCAGAUGCACUACCAGAUCAAGGAACGGGAAGCAGCGAUGGAAAUUUCCCGUACUCGGGAACUAUUCUACUGGCUGGGAUCGUUCUACUGUGUCUCCACACUUGGCUUCAUUGGUCGAUUUAACAAAACCAAAAUGCCAGGAACGCUAGCACCGAUUGUGCCACUAACAUUCAUCGUGGCUUAUUAUGCCGAUUUGGCGUACGGGACAAAAGUACAUCGAAUAAUAGCGGAAGCCGAGAUGAUUAUGCAGCACGAACCGGAGGUGCUGGAGUGGCCCAGCGGGCUACCGACGGUAUCGGAAAUCGAUUCCGCUCGGAUGGAGAACGACGAUAAGAUUCGUAUGCAUCCUCAUCACAACUAAGAGCUGAUUACCAAUUGAGAGACGAAGUCGAUAAAGCUCAAUAAAUAAAACAUGAGAAGAGAAUGAGGCAUGGAGAGAUUUGAUAAUAGGAAGGAAAGGAUAUAAAGCAGCCGUGCAUGGAAAGCAUGCAGGCUAGCUACAAACAACAGUGGAUACAACACAUCAUCACGGCAACACGGGGAUAUUAUUCCACCGCACAGUGAGCGAAGGUAAAUGUGUAUGGGUGUGUGAGUUAAUUUCUAGGGAUAACAAUGUCGUAUGAACGUCACUAUUCAUUUAGCUCUUUUGAAGUGUAUCUGA